ACCAAUUCAGUCAAUUUUCAAUUUUCAACUCCAGGUCAAAUCUUGUCCAAAUGCUGUGCUCUCGACUGCUUCCCAGUCUGCUCAGCCGGAGUGCCCGCGAGUUGUCGACUGUGCCAGUCACGCGAAACAACCCUCCACGAUGCACGAUGGCUGCCGCGAUGCUGGCACGAUACACGAGUGCAGCACCAGAACCGCAAUCAUUGGCGACCAACCAGCAAUCUGCCCCAGCGCAUCGCCGCGUCCAACUUGAUGUUCCAACCGCUGACAUGAAGCGCGAAUUCGCAGAGCAAGGAUUUCUCAAGGUGCCCGGCGUCAUUUCGCGCGAGUUUUGCGCCGAGCUGAACGAGCGGAUUGAUCGCUGCUUCACCGGACGAUUUGAGACUGGACACUACCCGGACGAGUGGUACUGGCGAGCCGAAAUGUCGCUUCCAGAUGUGACCAGACACAUGUGCAACAUCUGGAAGUCCGACCGCUUGGUUGCGUCGAUGGUGCUUUCGCGCGAGGUCGCACGGUUUGCAGCUGGGCUGAUGAACUUUGACGGCGCACGCAUUGGGAAUGACUCGGUUUGGGUCAAGCCGCCCAACGGGACUGAAAUUACCUUCCACACGGACGCAUUCUACGUGCCGUACCCGAUGAUUACCUGCUGGCUGACGCUCACCGAUGUCAGCGAGGCGAAUGGCACGCUGCAGUACAUUCCCGGCUCGCACCGUUGGCCCAAAACCGCUGCUAUUGACCGCGACGCGUUCCAUGCCCCAACUUCCAGCUAUCUCUCGCCUGCGUACGAAGCGGCUCAUGCCGCCGGAGUGGAUGCUUCGACCAUCAAGGUCGAAAGCGUCGAGCUACCAGCGGGGUCGAUCGUAUUCCAUCAUGGCGACAUGUGGCAUGGCAGCUGCAAAAACACAACCAGCGAGCGCUGGCGUCGGUCGUUGGGCAUCCAUCUCAUUCCGCACACCUCGCGAUUUGGGCAAGGGGAUGGCUACAUUUAUGGUCGGUACCGCAAAGCUGGCGACGACUCGAUGGAUCCGGCCUUCUUCCCCAUUCUCUGGUCCAAGGACGGUCAGCGAUCGGCGACCAUCAAGAGUCACGUCGGAUAUGACUGAGGCGCGGGAUUUUUUUUUCCAUCAGUGCAUGUUUCUGGUGUGCCUUUGCUUUGCGGAGUUGGAUCAUCUUGUCAAAAUGGAAAACAAACGCUCAUCAUCUUCACCACGAUCACCGUUGCAUGGUGUGUCACUGGUCCGUUUCCAUUCGAUUCCGAGCCCUGUCAAUUGUCAUUAUUGCUGUUUCUUCG